CCGAGUGCUCGUCAUGCCAAGUCGCGCGCCGGGGGCCAGCGUCAGUGUGCCAGUCUCCACCACAUGCCGUUGUCCACGACGGCGCGCCCGACGCCGACACCAUGGUCCUACUUUUUGAUUAGGCUACUAUUCAAGUUCGUGCUCAAGGUAUUCUACGGCACCAUCGUCAUCGAAGGCCAGGAGCUCAUCCCAGAGGACGGCCAAGCAUGUAUCGUCUGCGCAAACCAUGCCAACUCAUUGACUGAUGCGCUGUUGCUUGUCACCGCCAUUCCGUCCAAGAAACGCGGACUCCUCCGCCUCACAGCUAAAGCCACCCAAUUCGGCAAGAGAACGUUCACGAGCUGGCUUAUCGAGUCAGCUGGCACCGUUCCCAUCCAACGGCCGAGGGACAUGCCUGACGGCAUGGUCGACAACACGGCUGUUAUGGAGAAGCUACGAGAGGCACUCGAGAAGGGAGAUGCUGUAUGUGUGUUUCCGGAAGGCGCAAGUCGUUAUCAUCCUACCAUUGCCCCUUUAAAGACCGGAGUUGCACGACUCGUAUCGGAUGUACUGACCCAGAAGAAGGACGAGCCUGAGUUUGAGGUGUCUAUCAUGACCGCAUCUGUCACGUAUAUGCACCGCCAGCACUGGCGUUCCGACGUUUUGAUAACGUUCCACCCACCGCUUCGUUUCCGUCCCAAGGACAAUCCAGAACUCAUCGCCCCCGUCGACUAUAGUUGUAUCAGGAACGUGACGGCACAGAUGCAUCAACAGAUCACGUCCGGUACUCUGGACUCUCCAUCCUGGGAACUCAUUCGCGUUGCUAAACUUGCGGCCCGCAUAUACGUUCCCCUUGGGACGAUGAUGAGUUUGGGAGACUACGUUCGCGUCGUUAGGACGUUCCUAGAGGCGUUCAAGCUACCCUUGAAUCCUGACAAGCACGGGCCGAGGGGUCGGAGCGACAGCAUGAGCGGCAGUGGUGGCAGUGCCGACGAGGGCAGCGGAGACGUCGUCCAGGAACAGGAUGCUAGGCUCAUCGCCCUCUGCAAUGACCUGAAGGCGUACCAGGAACGACUGUCCCGUUGGCACAUCAAAGAUGACCGUGUCAGACGCCCUCUGCGCAAGCGCGAGAUUAUUCGCCGCCUCUUCGUGCGCUUCUGCAUCGCCCUCUCCCUCUUCACCAUUUCCCUCCCGGGCCUCCUCCUCUGGCUUCCCGUCAUGCUCACCACCUUUUACGCCGUGCACAACUUCAAAAAGACGGGCCCGAUCUGGGAUACCUGGGACGAGAUCGCGCAGUACAAGCUCAUCUACGGCCUCCUCUCCGGCCUCGGCGUGUGGCUCGGCGCCACGCUGCUCACGUUCCCACUCGCGCCGAUCACCUUCUUCGCGAUUCCUGCCACGAUGUGGCUCAGCCUGCGCUGGACGGAGGACGCGAUCAGUAGCGUUCGCGCCGCGCUUGCGCUCGCACGCAUGCUCCGCGUCGGCAAGCCGGCGCUUGCGGAGAUGCGCCGCACGCGGGAGGAGCUGCACGCGCGCGUGAUGGACCUCGCGACCGUGCUUGGGCUACCGCAAGACCCGGAGAGAUAUUUCGCGGUGCGUGGAGGGACGGAAGGGGAGAAGGGGCGAAUGCGGAGCAAGUGGGACAGCAGAGUGCGGUACUUCUCCGUCCGAAGGCGGAGGAAGCGCGACUGGGAGGAGAUUCUACGAUUGUACGAUAAACAGGACUGAUAUACUGAGGUAGUCCGAGACACGCGUGUCACCAGAACCUUGUGGUGGACCUGAGAGAACAGUAAAUAUGAUACCGAAGUAUAAGAAUGACCAUGUUCA